AUGGAUUUGCGCUCGGAAACCACUCAAGUCAAAAUGGAUUUUACACAGCAUGAACCAUCUUUGGCCCCCGCAGAAAACAAUGAUCUCAACAGCAACAAUACCUAUCAUCACUUGCGGGCAGCAGUUGAUGAUCCACGACUCCAAAAUGUCUUGGAACAAAUGACGAAGAGCUUCAAAGAUAUCACCGAUAUUUUGUCCCACUCUGAUAUCGUAAAGGACACGAGCAGCGGACUCAGUCUUCUUUACAGAAACUUCCAGGACCUAAGCAAAUUUCGAUACCCGGAAACUCGCACGAUCGGACUCAUCGGCGCCACUGGAUCCGGAAAGAGCUCCCUGAUCAACUCGAUCCUCGACGACGGCAGCCUUGCUCGUUCGAAGAACGACGGACACGCCUGCACCAGCGUGGUAGUCGAGUAUCGGGCUGUUAAUGACCAGAUCGAUCGACCUUAUACCAUCCAAGUCAACUACAUGGAUCCAGAGGAAAUGAGGGGCCUACUUCGAGAGCUCCUCCAGACUGUGCGUCACUACUAUUUCAGAGUCGAAACUGCCACCGAGGCUGUUGAAACAAGUGACAGCGCGGAUGAAGCCGAGGAUGCCGACAUCAAUUCAAUUCCCUAUGGAUUCGAAGAGUCUGCCGAUGUUCUCACUCCGGAAAAAGUGACAGAGCUGAAGCUAUCGAGUGAUGGGGCGUUAGAAACAUUAUAUGCCUUGUUCCGAGACCAGGCUGCUUGUACACCCGAGUUUCUGACAGGGAACGGCGAUCCGAACUCGGAGACUCAAGUGCUGGACAAGCUGUUGCAGAUGGCAACAGAUGGAUUGUAUCGCCGUCCAGGCAAGAUGACAUCGGGCUGCUAUAUCCAGGCUACAGACGGCAUUGACGAAUGCAAACGGUAUCUUGACCUUCUGACCACAGAUGGCCGAGGAAACGAUCCCGCAAUCUGGCCUUUUGUCAAGCUGAUCAGGGUGUACCUCGACUCCCCCAUUCUGAAGUCAGGCUUGGUGUUGGCUGAUAUGCCCGGUCUACGAGACUCGGACUUCAUCAGAAAAAAGGUCACCAUGAAGUACAUCAGGUGGAAUUGCAAUGUUCUCGGAUUCGUCACGUGGAUUGAUCGAUGUGUCGCCGAUCCGACGGUUGAGGAAAUAUCGGCGAGGUUCAAACCCACUUUCCCACAAGUUGUCCUGGUUACUGGGAUAGAUGUCGUCAACCCGCAUGAGUACGCUAGGAACAACACAGAGAGUGCAGAACAUGUGAAACGACUCAACGACAAAAUCAGCGCUCUGGGCCAUGAGAUAGAAGCUCUCUGCUCUGCUAGAGAAGACGCAGAGGGAGCUGAAAGGGUCUUGACCGAGUCGCGGAUUUUGGCACUGCAGGACGAGAAGGACAAGCUUGACUUUGAACGAACCAAAUUCCUGAUUGAAGAUCGAAACGAUCAAGUCAUCCGAGAGAUGGCUAGAAUGAGAACUCGCAAGAAUAAGAAGGUCUUCUGUGUCAGCAACGCCUACUUCAAGAGAUUUGGUAAGGGGAAAACUAAGAAGGCAAAGAUGCGGGCUGAGCUCAGCGGAAUCCCCCAAUUGCACCAAUAUUGUUCGUCCGUACCCGCACAAGCGCAGUUUGACACCAUCUCCAGUUUCAUCAGAACCAAGGUUCCCUCUGAGCUCAACUCCUUGGCCCUGUGGACUUUACCUGCGUUCGACGAUGCGGACGAGCUGAAAGCCGCGAGCAUCCGCCUUCUCCUGGAAAAUGCGGAACGUCAGCUUCACAAGCGAUUCCAGCUUCCUUGGGGAAUUGUGAUCACCGCUCGGUAUAACCUGGCUCAAGCAUUCACAGUGCUGAUUCUUGGGGCAAUUGAUGACAUUGCGAAGGAGUGGCGGGACGCAUGUAUUGAAGCUGGCAAGCAAUGGAGGAAGUGGCGACACAACACCUUUACAGCUUUCUGUCGUCACCUUGGGGAGCAUUCAACUCCAUCUCGACCCAAUCAUGCUUGGAAUAAAGAGCUACUCAGCCCAGCAAUCAAAAGGCUGGAGGUUGAGUGGGACGCCUUGAUGAACUGGAUGGACUCGGAGAUCGUUGAACUUACGCAGGGCAUCGAUGAACAUUCCCAGGCUAUUUGCCGGAUGCUUGAAACACAAUCUAUCAUGCCUACCAGAUCUUGCAAGGGACUGGUGGAGGCCAUGAAACUCCGCCAGAAAGCCAUCGAAGAGGCGUUCAAGUUGACCUUGGAAAAAGUCAAAGAUGCUGCUGAGGUCAUGAAGGACACUAUGCUCAGCGAUGAUCCUCUGGACUCAUACGUCGGAGAUUUCAUGUAUCCGGCCUAUCAGGCAUGCAAUGACGUGGAAGGGAAGGGAGGUGACCGAAAACGCAAAAACAUUCUCACCGAGUACACCGGGCCCAAGGACCUCGUCGGCAACUACUAUGCUCGAGCCAAGACCGAGUUCAAUCGGAUUGUUGGCGAACAUUUCAAGGAACUCCAAAAGGAAGUUGACGAGCUGGUGGGAAGCCUGGUCAGUGACUUACAUAACGUUGCGGCCAUAGACGGACAAAUCCCAGAGGCGGCCAGGGACAAGGAGUUUGCGGGAGUUGUCAGUGAGAAGGUUGAUUUGACCGACACGCUCAUGAAGGAAGCACAGGCACUCGUGCUCGAGCUGGAAAGGAAGGAAAAUUGA